AUGGUAUCUUUAAACGUUCUCCGAGCCUUGACUUGGUUCAACUCGGCACAGAGCAUCUUAUCCCCCUCACCUGCCAUCCUGCCAACCACGCCAAAGCUGACCGGCGAUCCAUGCAUCCAAGUUGAUGGAGUAUGGAAAAUCACCGAAGACUGCGUUGAUCCUCUCUACUCCCGGUAUAUACUCGACGAUGAGACUCAUGAGACAUUACCGAUCCCUCAUCUUCGAGUCUCAGGACGUUUUGAAGGGACCGCCGUCGACUUCAACAUCUACCUCCCCAAAAGGGGAUGGAAGGGGCGUUUCUUCCAACUCGUCUUUCCACUACAGAACUCAACUGCGUCUGAUCGAGAAAUUGGCUUUGGAGCAGACAGUGGAGGAUAUACCGUUCGUGCGUCUGGUAGGCCAACUUAUCGCGGUGACGCAGCUGCAGCUAAGGUUGGUAUGAUAAUUGCACGGGAGUACUACAAGCCCAAGACCAAUAAGAUCCAUGGGUAUAUCUACGGGGGCAGCGGUGGUUCUCUUGUCACUGUUGGGGCGAUGGAGAAUACUGUAGGUAUAUGGUCUGGUGCCGUGACGCUUGUCCAGGCGGUACCUGUUUCCAUCAAUAACUGGUCCAUCCGUGCUCUCGCAGGUCUUGUCCUUCAGAACAAGAGCGCCGAGAUCGAAGAUGCGCUUAAGACUGGCGGUAGUGGAGACAUCUACUCAAGCUUGAACCCCACCGAGUCAAGCGUCUUUGAAGAAGCCACGGCCCUUGGUGUUCCCAUCAAAGGAUGGGAAAGCUUCUAUGAAACUGGGGCUUCUGAGUCACUUUGGGAAACAAUCCGGAGUGUGUCUGGACCGGCCGUUAUGAGGAUGGAUCCCAGCUACGUUGAUGACUUCUGGAACAAGCCUGGAUAUCUGGGCAAAGAGGAUUCAAGACUUGGUGAGAUAUUCCGCCAGGAGAUGCUGGACUACAAGACCUCCAUCAUCUCUAUACGGUGUGACGCCAGUCAGGUCCCUGUUGAGCUCACCCUCGACACGGCUCCGAAAUCAGCGAGAACUUACUGGCUCGACAUCAAUAUCAUCUCUGCAGAUGGCGAAGUUGUUGGUAAGAUUACUGCCAAGGGUCGCGAUAACAGUAACGACAAGACUAUCACCCUUCACCCGAAUAAUGACCCGGCCCUCCUCUCAAUUUUACAACAGGGGACUAAAGUCCAAAUAAGCAACCGUAUGUUUCUAGCCAUGCACGCACUCCAUCGCUACUCAGUUCCCAAACGCGCAGGAUUUUACGGCUAUGACUAUCUCCGUGACUACGACGGAGCACCCAUCUAUCCUCAGCGGUCUGUGCGUGUGGCAGAGCAGAUUGCAAGAUUUGCAAGUGGUGGCGCCACCUUUUCGGGCAAGUUGAACGGCAAGAUGAUCGUCAUGGAUAACUUGAUGGACAUUGACGCAUUCCCUUGGCAUGCAGAUUGGUACAAGCAACAAGUCAGAAAGCUAUAUGGGGAUAAAGCCGAUGAUAAGUUUCAACUUCAUUACACUGAGAAUGCGGAUCAUCAAAUGGGCCCUGUUGGAGGCUCCAAAAGCUCCAGAGCUGUAGACUUUACAGGCAUUUACGAGCAGCAACUGCGAGACUUGAGUAUCUGGUGCGAAACCGGGACAUAUCCCAGCACUCCAACCAACUAUACCAUACGAAAUGCUCAAGUAGAACUUCCUGCUGCGGCCUCGGAAAGAAAAGGCCUCCAACCUGUCAUAGAACUCAGCGUCAACGGCAAAAAAGACGCCAAAGCUGAAGCAGGCAGCAUAGUGACUUUCAAGGUACGCAUUGAAGUUCCUCACGGUGCUGGAAAAGUCGUUUCAUUGGAGUGGGAUUUUGAAGGGACAGUAAGCCACCCUCACUUAAUACUCACCUUCACCGCUUCGUCUCGCGGCGUUCUUUCUUCCUUUUGCAAACUUGUCAACUUCGACAUGGCAGACCCUCUUUCCGUCGCCAGUGGCGUCGCUGGCCUUGUAUCUCUCGGCCUGACUCUCUGCGGCGGCCUUCACAAUUACUUUACCGCCGUGAAAGAUCGACACCGAGACAUCGAGACAGCCAGCCAAAGCCUCACUCUUUUGCAGUCAAAUAUCUUCAUCAUCCAGACGAGCACACUGAAGCUUGGCCAGCGUCACGCCUUGUCCGCCAAUGGAGUUAACCAAGGUCUGGUUAAUUGCGAGUCGCAGCUCAUGACCCUGCAGCAGAUGGUGCUGGACCUUACUCGAGACGAGGGCCUGAUUGAUAUAAAGGGAAAAUGGAGAAAGCAAGUGAUGGUAGCUCGAUAUCCUUUUGAUCAGAAGAAGUUGUUGCAACUUCAAGACCAGCUUUCCAGGGCCAAUGCGACAUUAAGUAAUUUUGUACAGAACUUCCACCUCGAUAUCAACAUCAGCAUUAGCGAAGAUUUACAGGCUCUGAGAAUCUACACCAAUGAUAACGAUAGCAUAACGCAUGAUAUGUUGGGCACCAUUGCCAGACGACUUGACACUAUCGGCCCAGCUCUUCAACGCACUGAAAUAGAAGUGGCAGCGAUAUCCCGACAGAUCCAAGAUAACAUCCCAGGUACCAGCAGCCGUAAUCCAGACUAUGCUAUAAAACCUUGCUAUUUGCAGAACUCCCAGAAGGAAGGAACACUGAACGAUUCGGGAUGUAUUUGUUCCGAUCCUAGGGCUAGUUCUGUUUGUCGAAAAUCUUCUUAUGUGGAUAGAUCUUGGGGAGGUUUUGUCAUGUCGAAACAAGAGUACUCACGACGGCGCCAUCGCCCUGGUUGCAUUUUCUUCAACCAGUCACUGCAGACGUCAAAGACUACCUUUACAUACCUCGGUUUGCGAUAUUGGCUUGCUCGAAGUUUGUCCUUGUCACUCACUAGAAAUAAUCCUGCUGGGGCAUAUAAUAUGUCCUUUGAGAUACAGUCUCUCAACAUUGUUAAAUCCAAUGCGGCUUUUCAAGCCAUUUAUGACCUUAGAAUGAACUGCGACUACAGGGGGAAGCGAUACAGUGGUUUCGACCUACAAGAAGAUGCCCGGAUCACGAUCAAGAAGCUAAGAACUAUCUAUAGCUCUCGUGCUGCGUCCCCGUUUGACGUAGAUAGAUCUGGGAAUAAUAUCGCUCAUGUGUGUAUGCGUUUCUAUUACAAGUUACUUAAGUGGUAUUCAGGGCACCAAGAAACUUGGAAGGCCAUAUUUGAAUCCAUUCGCUCGCUUCUGUCAUACAUGUUUGACAUCGGGGUUCCUAUCACCGCCUCGAACUUUGAUCAGGAAACAAUUAUAUAUUACCUUUGUGCACCUUACUAUCUAUCAAUCCUUCCUCCCAUAUAUAAUUUCAUCGAAACCCUUGAUUCAUCUUUCUCUCCCGAAGAUGUCUCCAUUAGGGAAGCAGGCGAUCGGAUAAGUUGGUAUCCAUGGGAGCUCAAGUCGCUGCAGAUCUGGGGUGAAUACCCUGAGAUCGCUAAAGCCUUUGGAUUCAACUACGUCUUCCGGGCCAUCAUGCAGCGAGACUGGCAAAAGCUUGCUACUGUUGUAAUGAAUCAGCAGCUUUGUGCAGACAUGCUGGAAAGAGAUGUGUAUGGAGUCACGGCUAGCUCUAUCCCUGACGCUACCGCGGCCUUCCUGUGGGAGGAGCUGCAGUCGCGCUCUGAUGACUUGGGAAAACUGGGGAUUAAGAUCAACUCUGGCCUCAAGCCUUUUCAUCCCAAAUAUUACCGCGGGGGCUUGUUUGAAAACUACCAGCCUCCAGAAAUCUGUUCAUUGGCCGACGAGUUCGGCAUUAGGCCGUCAGACGAAAGUGGUAUUAAGCCUCUUCUAGCACGGAUUACGGUUCUUGAAUCUGGUAUUAGGCAAGAUGUGUUUGGCCGAGACAUUCCUUACCUGAAUUGGUUGAUGAAGCAUGAUAUCGACCUUCAAUACGCGGCUGGAGACUUCCACACGUCGAUAUUGCAUUAUUAUGGAGCAGUAAUUGGGUGGAAGCUAGCUCUUGGCCAUCGCGUCUCGUCAUGCGUUUUGGAGAGCGAAGGAAUCAGUCUGUUGACUAAAGUAUGCAACAGCAAGCUGCAGGCCAAUGUACCAUGUCUCUGCAUUUCAGGUGUCUUCAACCGACCAUUGGCGUCGUUAUUCUCUGGAUUUACGUCUACUGAAUAUCGCUUUCGCCCUUGGGGUGUUAAAACGAUUAGAACCAUUUGCCUCCUUGUGGCUCUGAUUGAAGACAACAUCACAGUUGUUAACACAUCCUAUCUAGCCAGGCACGUUGGGACCUGUCCCCACAAUCUUAUGCACAGAAACGGCUGGGGAGAUGAAGAGGUAGACGAGGAUGAAUGGGCAGAAGUGUUGGACGAAGAUAGGCUUUUGGUGGAAAAGCUUGAUGAUCUCGAUGAAGAAUUCGAAAAACAGUUUGAACUCAGAAAUGAGAAGCGGAUACAGUAUGAGAACAACGGCGAAAUUGACAAGGUUUCCAUUGAAGUAGAGGAGUGA